AUGGCCACCAACUUUAACACCCUCACCACCCUCCCCAACAGCCCCCCUAUGGCCUUCGCCAAAAACAACUCGGUAACCUUUCUUUCCAGCGACAACGCUUGUUUGGAUUUUUUCUUUCACGUGGUUCCCAAUACCCCGCUAGAGUCCCUCACCCAACGCCAUCAACCCGCCUGGGAUUUCGAUCCCCUGGCGACCCUUAAGCUGAUUUGCAACCUCCGCGGCGUCCGCGGCACUGGAAUGAUGGCGGCUUUAAAUAAUGGCGACGGUGGCGAAUUCCUAAACUGUGGAGCCGCCUCCACCACGGUCGCAGCAGUCACCGCCAAGGGCAAACAAAAGAAGAAGUGUCUGGAUUGGAAGCAGAGAUUACAGAUUGGCUUGGAUGUGGCCAUGGGGCUUAAUUAUCUUCAUAGCUACACUUCCCCUCCCCACGUGCACAAAAAUCUAAAAAGCAGCAAUGUUCUUGUUGAUGCUGAUUUCAGGGCGAAGAUCAGUAAUUUUGGGCCAGCAAGAUCAGCAGAUGGGCAAGGAGGCCAGUUUGCCUUGACUAGGCACAUUAUUGGGACGAAAGGUUACAUGGCUCCUGAGUAUUUGGAGAAUGGUCUGGUAUCCACAAUGCUUGAUGUUUAUUCAUUUGGGGUUCUCCUGCUAGAGAUUUUCAUUGGCAAAGAAGUCGCUGUCUUGUAUGAAGCUGUGAAUGUGAACUUGGCAGAGAUUCUGAGCCCUGUGCUUGACGAGAAAGACGGGAUCGAGAACUUGAGCCAGAUCAUGGAUUCUUCUCUCGAAGGAAAUUAUCCUUCUGAACUUGCAAUUUUGCUUAUCAGAUUGAUUGCUAGUUGCUUAAAGAAACAUCCAUCUGCCCGCCCAACCAUGCAUGAGAUUGUCCAGACUCUGUCCACAUCCGUCACUGCUACAACAUCUUGGCAUUCCAAAGAAAGUGCCUAA